AUGCUCUUUCCCUACUUCGCCUUGGAAAAAUUCCCACUCCAGAUCGAAUUUCAAAGCAAACUUCUGAACGGUAUUAAACAAGGCAACCCUAUUCCAGAGAAGUUAACAACUGCUGACGUGAAAUUGUUGUUCAAAAAGGGAGAUCCUAAUAACGUAAGCAGCUACCGAACAAUUUCUGAUAUCGAGAGUACUCAAAGCAGUGACGGGAGCCAUCUUGAUUCGCAUAGACAAAAAAAACUAGAAAAGUCAGACGGCCCAAGUCAAGUCGGUCUUGGAUAUGCAGACGACGUUACACUGCUGGCUUCCUCUCGUGCCAUGCUCAAGAAGAUGCCACAACUCCUUUCAAAUGCAUCUACCAUGGUUGGACUUCACAUUAACCCAGAAAAGUCAAAACUACUGACAAGUAGUAAAACGUCGAGGCAUCCUAUAUGUAUCGAUGGAAAAGUCUUUGCCUUCGUUGAUCAUGCCCCUAUAUCUUGGUUGUUGCCUCUCGUUCCCACCAAGAAAUGA